AUAUUUACCGUUAGAUCGGUUUGUAAUUCAUACCAUAGGAUCAUCACUUGCUUCCGCAGUCACCAACAAGCUACCAAACCAAGAGGUUGCAGGGCUUGACUGGAGUGAGGAAAAAAUUGAUUUUGAUGCUGAAAUGGUUCGAAGCUACAAACGGAAAACUGAGAGGGCCUCUAUCCCUGCCGACGUUAUAUUGGGGGCUGCUAAACGUGUUAAGUGUGAACACAAGCCAAUCAGAGGAGUUGCAAAGGAUUUCGCCAUACCAUUUCGAACACUAGCACGUUAUUGCAAGAAGAUAACUCAUGAGCAACUGAAGGGUGAAGAUAAAGCAACGCUUAGAGUAGGCUAUGCUGCACACAGGAAAGUCCUCUCAGAUGAUCAAGAAAAGGAACUUUCUACAUAUCUUAAACAAGCAGCAGAUAUUUAUUACGGAUUAUCUGUGAAAGAGGUAAGAAAGUUAGCCUACCAGUUUGCUGAAGGUGCAAAUAAAACUUUUCCUCCAUCAUGGAAAGAAAACAAGAUGGCUGGUUCUGACUGGUUUUCUGGAUUCUUAAAAAGGAACAAGGACCUUUCCAUAAGGUCUCCAGAGGCCACUAGCCUCUCAAGAGCAACAAGUUUUAACAAAACAAAUGUUGCAUUAUUUUUUGAUAACCUGCAGUCUGUCCUUAAUCGGCAUAAUUUAGGUCCUAGUGACAUUUGGAACAUGGAUGAGACAGGGGUAACAACAGUACAGAAACCCAAUAAAGUUGUAGCACGCAAAGGCUUCAAACAAGUAGGUAAAAUGACUUCAGGUGAAAGAGGAACUCUUGUAACAAUUGCUGUUGCAGUCUCAGCAACUGGCAAUGUAGUUCCGCCUUUUUUUAUCUUCCCUAGAGUGCAUUUCCGUGACCAUUUCAUUAACAGUGCUCCUCCUGGUAGUUCAGGAGCUGCCAAUCCAUCAGGAUGGAUGAAGGAGUCACAUUUUUUGGAGUUUUUACAACAUUUUGUAAAGCACACUAAAUGUUCUAAGGAAAAGCCAGUUCUUUUGUUAUUAGACAAUCACGGCUCGCAUUUGUCCAUACAGGGCCUUGAUUUUGUAAGGUCAAUGGCAUCACUGUCCUUUCAUUUCCACCACACUGCUCACACAGGCUGCAGCCACUUGAUGUUAGUGUCUAUGGACCUCUGA